AUGAACGAGCCAAUCAGACUCCAGCAGAGGGGCGGGGCCAAACCUGUUUGUCCAAUCAGAGAAAACCCUCGAGGGAGAGCUGACCUCGCCCAGGAGCCACAGAAAACACCCAGAAAGGAGUCCAAGACCGAGUCCAAGACCGAGUCCAAGACCGAGUCCAAGACCGAGUCCAAGACCGAGUCCAAGACCGAGUCCAAGACCGAGUCCAAGACCGAGUCCAAGACCGAGUCCAAGACCGAGUCCAAGACCGAGUCGGAACCUGCAAAACCAGACCCGGUACCAGGGCACCUCCCUCAGGACGCCUUUAGAACUGGACACCUGCAAGGUCUGAAACAACAGGCUGAGCAGCUGCAGGGUCUGAAACGGGCUGACCAGCUGCAGGGUCUGAAAAAACAGGGUGACCAGCUGCAGGGUCUGAAACGGGCUGAGCAGCUGCAGGGUCUGAAACAACAGGCUGAGGAGCGCCUGGGGCUGAAACAGGCUGAGGAGCGCCUUAAGAGGGACUACAUCCACCGCCUGAUCAAAGCGUCGGUGGAUUAUCCAAACCAUCAGUACAUGUGCGACUUGUGCUGCGUUCACAUCGAGAACAUCCAGGGGGCGCACAAGCACAUCAAAGAGAAACGACACAAGAAGAACAUCACGGAGAAGCAGGAGGAGAAUGCGCUGCGUGCGCUGCCUCCUCCCUGUACGCGUCAGGUCUGUGCGGUGGAGAGCGCGCUGCUGCACACGGCUCACAGCGUGGGCCUGUCACAUGACGACUUCACAACACGCCAGCAGACCGUGGAGCGCAUGCAGAAGAUCAUUCAAAUACGACUCCCAGGCUGCUCUUUGCGAAUGUACGGAUCGUGUUUGACUCGUUUCGCUUUUAAAUCCUCUGACGUCAACAUCGACGCCAGCGUUCCUCCAAACAUGACGCAGCCUGAAGUUCUGAUCCAGGUUCUGGAGAUCCUCAAGAACAGCUCCGACUUCUCGGAGGUGGAGUCUGACUUUCACGCCAAAGUGCCGACGGUUUUCUGUCGUGACGUUCACUGUGGUCUCCUUUGCAAAGUGAGCAGUGGGAACGACGUCGCCUGCCUCACGACCAAUCACCUCGCAGCUUUGUCCAAACUUGAGCCGCGAUUGGUUCCUCUGGUGCUGGCCUUCCGACACUGGGCCCGGCUGUGUCACAUGGACCAGCAGGCCGAGGGGGGGCUUCCUUCCUUCUCUUUCGCUCUGAUGGUGGUCUUCUUCCUGCAGCAGCGAGAUCCUCCAGUGUUACCAGUUUACAUCGGGCCCUGGAUCCAGGGCUUCGACCUGAAGCGCGUCGAUGACUUUCAUCUCACAGGGAUUUAUCAGGACGAGUUUGUUAAGUGGGAGCAGCGACCGAGUGACCCCCGAGCUCCACGCCCUGACCCUGGUGAACCCCAGAGAGACCCACAGAGGGACCCCAAGAGGGACCUGCAGAGGGACCCCCAGAGGGAUGCCCAGAGAGACCCCCAGACCUGCACCGGCUCUGAUACCGAGAGCCGGACCAGAGCUGAACCUUGCAGCUGGUCUCAGGGGCUGAGCUCCCUGGUGAUGUCCAGUCCCAACGCGGCCGGCGUGGGGCAGCUGUGGAUUGACAUGUUCCGCUUUUACACUCUGGAUUUUGCUCUGGAAGAAUUCAUCAUCAGCAUCAGAGUCAAAGACAAGAUGAGCCGAGAGUCCAAGGGCUGGCCCCGCCGCCGCCUUGCCAUCGAAGACCCGUUUGCACAGAAGAGGAACGUGGCGCGCAGUCUCAACAGUCAGAUGGUUUUCGAGUACGUUCAAGAACGCUUCCGAGCCGCGUACAAGUACUUUGCUGUUCCGCAGACGUUGCACCGUAAAAACCAGGACCGACUCAAACCGAAAGGAGAGACCAGCACAGGCCGAGAGGAGGAGCAGGCAGACCAGGUCCAGUCCGGACUCCAGGACCUCAGGCUGGACCAGACCCAGACCAACGGCCCAGACCAGGACGAGCUCUUCUAUGAGUUUGAUAAAAUGAUCUUCACUGGGGGAAAGCCCCCGGUGGUAGUGUGCAGCAUCUGCAAGCGCGACGGUCACCACAAAGACGAGUGUCCAGAGGAUUUUAAAAAGAUAGAACUGAAGACACUGCCCCCAAUGAACGCCAGGUUCAGGGAGAUCCUGGACAGACUCUGCCGCCUCUGCUACCAGGAGCUGUGCCCGUCUCCGGUCGAGCAACAGAAACGAGAGCAGAUUCUCGUGUCGUUGGAGAGAUUCAUCCGCAAAGAAUUCAACGAAAAGGCUCAGCUCUGUCUUUUCGGCUCGUCUAAAAAUGGGUUUGGAUUCAGAGACAGUGACCUGGACAUCUGCAUGACUCUGGAGGGACACACCACGGCUGAGGCGCUGAACUGUAAAGAAAUCAUAGAGAGUUUGGCCAAAGUCCUGAAGAAGCACACGGGUCUGAGGAACAUUCUGCCCAUCACCACGGCCAAAGUCCCAAUCGUGAAGUUUGAACAUCGACAAAGUGGACUAGAGGGAGACAUCAGUCUGUACAACACACUGGCGCAGCACAACACCCGGAUGUUGGCCACAUACUCUGCUCUGGACCCAAGAGUUCAGCUGCUCGGCUUCACCAUGAAAGUGUUCGCAAAGAGGUGUGAUAUCGGAGACGCCUCUAGGGGGAGCCUGUCGUCUUACGCCUACAUCCUCAUGGUGCUGUACUUCCUGCAGCAGCGGAGUCCUCCAGUCGUCCCUGUGCUCCAGGAGAGGUGA